AUGACAGAAACAACCCCCAAAACAAACGACUACUACGCCCCACCCUACUCCACCCCCGACACACCCCCAACCUACCCCUCCACCACAGACACAGCCUCCCCACCAACCUACACAACCGUUGCCCGCGCCCUAACCACCCUCUCCACCGGCGACCCCAACGAAACAAUCCCCGUCCCCAUGAUCACGCGCACCCUAGCCUUUUCCCUCCACAACUACAACCCGUUCUCCCGCAAACAAGGCGAAGUACGUCAAUCAAUUAUAAUCCGGCAAAUGAAGCGCUCCUACUACAAUGCACAUUACGUCAAAGACGCCGAGGGGAACUUUGUGGGAACAGGAAACCCGGCGCCGGAUCUGGGAUUGGUUUUCGUGCCCGGGAAGAGCAGUAGUGAGGAUAUGCUUAAGCAGGCGAAUGAGGUUGCGCUGGAGGUGCAGAGACGGAGGGGGAGGGGGAUUGGGAAAUACGGGAUGCCGCAGGAUGAUCCGAGUAGUGCUAUGAUGGGGAUUGCGCCGCCUGGGGGUAUGUGA